UAUUAUCAAUAUCAACAAUAUGGCUGCUGAUUGUCGUCCGAGAACACCGGCAACCAUUUGAUGGUUAUCACAAGUAGGUGGCGUAUCUGCCUUUAUAUUUUGUCAUGUACGUUUGAGAGAACCUAACCGAUUGGAGAUAACAUUCAUUCUUAUCAAUGUUUCCUCGCACGUGUUUGCCGUUUGUUAGUACUUAGUUCCUGUUACCUUUUAAUUUUUAUAGCAGUCAAUACCUAUUUCAAUGAUCCCUGCUUUUUAUGAUUCUAGAGUCUAGUUUGUGGCCUGUGCAAUAGCCAAUAGGCAUGACAUAAUUAUUAGUGUUGUCGGUUAUUAUUAUUAUUAUUCUCGUCUUUACCAUUAUUUACCAGUAUUUAUUAUACAUAGUUAUAGUUGUGUAGUUAUUAUACAUUCCCAUAACACUACAUUUACGUAUUUUGAAUAUGGAAACUGUCAACUGUCACGUGUGUGAUGGUACCGAGUACACCCUCAUGAACGGGGCAUAUGUCUGUAACGAGUGUGGUGUGCAAUCUACAGCUAUGAGAGAAGAACAAGUUGAUUUUAGUGGACAUUUGAGGACUGCAUUAAGGGAGGAACUUUGUAGAGAAGAAGAUCAUGAAUUAGUUAACAGUACUCAAAUCGAUAAACCAAAGACAUUGCUGUCUUGGGAAUGUUUCAAUUUAAUGCUUUUGGGACUAACAGAUGAAAUUAUAGAACUCGGAGCAGAUCCAUCUUUGAAAAUUAUAGUAUUACAAAUAUGGGUUCGAUAUUUGCAAGUCAUUGAAGGCGCAUUCACAUCCAAAAGAUCCCAAAAACUUCCCAAACUAAAUACUUGCAUUGUUAAUACAGAUGGUGAAAUCCUUUAUGGGAUUAAGAACCUUAAAAGAAAAUUGUUGGAACCAAAACAUAUACAAAAAAGGAGACAUGGAAAAAAAGUAAAAGUACAAUCAAAAAGAGGAUCAGUUUCUGCAAAGUCUGGUAAUUUAUCAGACUCUAUGAAUUUAUCUCAAACCCGAAUGAAACAAAGCCGUCGACUACGUAAAAUAGAUGCUUUAAUGAAUUCAACGAAUGUUGAUACACCUAUAUCAAAUGAUUUGAGUUUAUUGCAAAGAAGUACAAAAAUAGAAAAAGCCAAAGUUCAAUUGUCGACACUUAUGAAAAACGCAAUGAAGUCAAUGGCUUCCAAAAGUGUGGACUUAACAGAUAAUAGUUCAAAAUUUGUACUUAAAAAUAUGCAAAAGUUGUGGGAAAAAUCAAAAUACCAAGACCAAAAAAAUCAUUUGACUAUAAAAAAGUUGAUAUCAAUAAUACAGUUAGGUUUAAUGAUUAACAAAGAUAAUAUUUAUAUUUCAGAUUUGCUCAGAUGGAUUCAUGAAGGCCAUUUUCAUGUGAACCGUGUCAAUUUGUUUUUACCACUAGAUGCUCGUCAUAGUAUUCCUCUAUCCGCUAUGAUACGAAAUACAUCGAGACAUGCUUUAAAUUUGGAAUUCAUUAUGUUGUUGCGCUAUUUACAUUUUAAACAAUUGCCUAAUAUUGAUUUACAACAAUUGGCAGUUAGAUUUUGUGAGGAACUUCAACUUCCAGGAUUUACUAAGUUUGUUUGUAAAUUGUUACUCUUGCUACCGCCAAACAUGGAGAUUACAACAGUGUUGCCUGACCCCGAGAUUAAAGUAAUGGCUUACAUACUUUUUGCUGCAAAGAUUUUGUUUUGUCUUGAUGGAAGUACUGAGGAAUUCUCUUCAAAGUUUGCAGAAAUAAUUAACAAAUCAGAGAAUUUGAAAGAAAAACUUUUUAAUUGGAACGAUUAUGUCACAUUCAUAGAAUGCAGAAAUGCAGUCGUUUCCAGACACAAUUAUUUGCUGCAUACAGAUUUAUACGGUGGUAGAAUACGCAACACAGAGCUAUUUAUUAACGAUUGGAUGAUGAUGCAAUCAUCGUUGCCCAUACAAAAAAGAGGCCAAUUAAAUAAAAAAAUCACUGAUAAUGCUAAGGUUUUAUUUAAAGCACUGCCAAAAAGUGGAGGUCCCUUGAACUUCAGACAAAUACCAAACACAACAAAACCGUUGGCUUUUACUCUUCAAUGGAUUUUUGAAAAUUAUUGGCAUGAAUUAUCUGAAAGAUCUUCUCAAAUAUUAAAACAAGAUUUCGCUCGAACUGAUAUUUCAUAUUUAACAAACGAAGAAAGAAUUAAAAAUCUAUCUCAACAAUGUAACGUUCCUAUAGAAAUCUCAUACGAAAAGCCAUCACACUAUGUGCAAGAAAAAAAAGACAAACAUGAUACGACUGGUCCACAUUGCGGGAAGCAUAUAUUAUCCACAGCUAUUAUCAAUGUUAAUCUCGUUAAUUAUACUUUAGUAGAUAACAAAAUUCCAGAAAAUGUACAUACAGCAGUUAAAGAAAAACCAAACACUAUAUUUCUAGGAAAAGGCUAUAACUACUGGUCUUUGCAUUUCAAAAUGAAAUUUUUAAAAGACACAAGCAUGGCUAAAGUAAAUAAAGUAUUUGAUGAACAAUUGCCAGAUUCUUUUGUGUGGUUUAUGAAACAGUGUCGUAGAGUAAUCGAUUGUAAAUUGACCGAAUUGUAUAUGGAACUCAUCAGAGUAGAAAAGAACUUCCAGAAGCUUGUUGCCUGUAAUAAGUUGUAACAUACAUAACGUUAUGUAGCUUGACUUUUACUAUACUUUUUUUUAUUGUUUUUAUAAAGUUUGUUUUUAAAAUAUUUAAUAAAAGUUAAGUUAUAAGUUGCAAUAACUUAUCAAAUCUAAUAUUGAUUUUUGUUUAUAAUGUAAUUGGUGUAUAGUUCAUUAAUAAUAUGUAUACUGCCCUCCUAAGCAAAAAUGCCGUAAUUCGAAAAAACAUUUUUUUUUGUUAAAAACCGGUUAAACAAAGUAAAAUGGUUUCUUACUUGGUUUAAUCAGUUUAACUCUUUCGUUACUGACAUCCUCGUACGAGGAAUUAACUUAAAAAAAUUGAAUAAAAUAUCAACAACCUACUAUCAUUAUCAAAAAUGUCUUUAAACGCAAGUUCUAGUAUAGAUUGUUAAUAAAAAAAUCGACACAGCUAUAUUGAUAAUCAAUAUCAGUUCAAUACGUAAAAAAAUUGUUGAUUUUUUUUCGAAAAAAAAAAAUUUCCAGGAACGAAAGGGUUAAAAAAAAAAAUGUUUUUCGAGUUAUGGCAUUUUUGCUUAGGAGGGCAGUAUACUUGUACAGUAUUA